AUGAGGAACAUCGCAAAAUGGCGCUGUCAACUGAUGGAAUACGACAUAGAGUACGUGUCCCGUACGUCUGUCAAAGGGCAAGCAAUCGCCAACCACCUAGCAGAAUUUCCGAUCAACGACGGCACGCCGAUAAACGCGGACUUCCUAGACGAAGGAAUCCUCCAAGUAGAUGAAGAGAAGGAUGAGCCAAUAUGGAAGAUGUACUUCGACGGGGCGGUCAAUUCCGUGGGGUCCGGAGUUGGGGCGGUGCUGAUAUCCCCGAACGGACGUCAUUAUCCGGUCGCUGCAAAAGUGGAUUUCUUGUGUACCAAUAACGUGGCCGAGUACGAGGCAUGCAUUCUCGGCUUACAAAAGGCAAUCGACUUCAAGGUGAAGCAGUUAGAAGUAUUCGGCGACUCCAUGCUCACAAUCUUCCAGACACUGGGGCAAUGGAAGACAAAUGACGCAAAGUUAGUCCGGUACCAUGAGUACCUCGAGGAAUUAGCGAAAAGCUUCGAGAGGAUCUCAUUCACCUAUACUCCAUGCGCAAAGAACCAGUUCGCGGACGCGCUCGCAACACUCGCAUCCAUGGCAAGUAUCACAAAGGGGAACAUCAUCAAACCCCUCGAGAUCGAAGUCACCAAAGGCUCGGCCUACUGCGACGCGAUCGAAGCAACCGAUGCUAAACCAUGGUAUGAGGACAUCAAGAAUUUCCUGCAAACGGGUCAAUUUCCUCCUUUUGCCGAUCGCCGCGACCGAAAAACGCUCAAACGACUCGCGGUGCACUACUUCCUAAGCGGCGAGACAUUCUAUCGACGAUCCUUUAACGCCACGUUGCUCAGGUGCAUCGACGUACAUGAAUCGCGGCGCCUCAUGGAAGAGGUCCACGGAGGGAAUUGCGGGCCCCAUAUGAAUGGGCUCAUGCUCGCCAAGAAGCUCAUGCGCUUGGGCUACUACUGGUCCACUAUGGAAAUCGAUUGCGUAAAGCACGUCAGACACUGUCACCGGUGCCAAGUCUAUGUCAAUCAGAUCAAAGCGCCCCCUAAUGAACUAUGUCCUAUGACAGCCCCAUGGCCUUUUUCAAUGUGA